AUGCCUCUGACAUCCUCAGAUAGAGCUGUCCCCGACUAUCACUUCGUGAACGAGGCGAUUGAAAUAUCAGGCAGAUAUACCUCAACCAGGAGUGAUCUAGACAAGUCAGUCGACAACAUGGAAGUUCAAGCAACGAAAUCUAAUCCACGUUCCAACGAUUCCGGCGAUGAGGACCAACAGAAUGUUUCAUCAGUAUCUCACCCACUGACCAGAGCCAUGCCUACACAUGAAACAAGAUCCACAGCCAUGAGACCAGACAUCCAGGGGUUGAUGGCAGUUCUGCAAGAUCUCGAUGCGGAGAUUCUGGAAGAUGCAGCAAUGAUAAGCGACUUGAGAACGAGACUCGAGAAAUCAGCGUCCACUGCAAAAGAACGGGAAGCAGACUUAGAGGCAUCGUUGAAGCAGGAACACAAACGACAGCAGAUGCUGACGAUCGAUGUCUUGCAGUUCAUCUGUAGGAUAGUUGCCCACCCAAUUCGACCGGUUGAUAUCACGGCCUUCAAGAUGAAACACUUAAGGACCACGAUCUCCGAAAUACCCACGCUGCGAGAAGAGAUAUUGGGACAGUUCUUGCGAUUCUCUGGCCACUCAGACUCCCUGGCAACGUCUACAGCCGGCGAUGGCAACGAGCUGAAUGAUGCUGCGACCUUCGGAGAAACACAGAUCAGAUGGUAUGUGGAGCACUGUGCGAACUUGUUGGUAAGAUGGGCAAAAGGGCUCGGCUAUGGUACAACUCAUGAGCUUACAACGCAAGUCAAAGAGCUCCAGAGAGAUCUCGUUGAUUUAGCUGCUGCAAAUCGAGCUGCCAAAGCGAAUAUUCAGUUCUGGAAAGAUACUGCUGACAGGCAAUAUGCCACGGUGUCAUCCUUACGAAGAGAGCUUGAUGCUCUGAAGUCUGGCCGGCUGCAGAGAUCCCCAGCAGCGGCAAAAUCGGGUCGCAGAGAAGCAAAGUCGUCUCCUCAAGUUGUUGCCCAAUCCUCUCUAGGCACUGAUGAACCCGUCCGGCCUCAGAAUUCCAAUCCAUGGCCGCUGUCGGGGGACCAAAUGAGUACCAAUACCAAUACCGCGCCUGAAUCUUAUGUUCCAACCACUUCGGUGCUUUCACGCCAUCGCUGUCUACUCGCACCAACCCCCGCUGCUCGAACCGCAUCGGGCGAGCCUGCGUCGAAGCGGCCUCGAACCAGCAAGUGA